AUGGCGUGGCAAAGCAUCGAUAUGCGUCGACGUCUUGACCACCGCCUCGGUUGGCUCCGCGUCACCUUUCCCACGGGACAGGAGCCAGACAUUCCGAUUCUUGGUAGUCCCCAGGGGGUCGGCAGAGCCGGGCGCGGCAGGAUAGGUGAAGGAACGCCAGCCAAGACGCGGCAGGGAGACGGCACGAGACAACGGCCACCAGACCAGGAAGAGACCGACGUUGCUGAAGAUUAUCAUCAUCAAACAACGUGCCCUACCAUGCUCAGGGAGACGGACCUGUGGACCGUGUGUGAGUGUGGCGAGGAAUCAACGCUCGGCAAGGGCAGACGGACGGACGCCCGGGCGACCGCGGAGGCACACGUCCCGUCACCUGCAGGCUUGCUGUGA